GUUGGCAAUAUGACAUCUGACUCUGCACAGGAAAUUGCAGAUAAAAUAGACUCCUUAGAAGAGCAGGUAACGCAGGGUUCGUUUGUACCCCAUGGUCGGCAAGACAUACUGAACACUGCCAUUGGACGACCUGACCAUGGGGGUCGCGUUCGGGCAGCAGGCUCAGGUGUCACUAUUACUCAGUACUACGGAAGGGCAUCAAGGACAUGCAGCAGCUCGUCCACGUCCAUCAGCCAACAACAACUAGAUGAAGUUGUUGCAAGGCUUAGGGAAGACAUGACUGGCCAGAUUAGGGAAGAAUUGAGGACUCAAAUUAAGGAAGAAUUGAGGACUCAGCUAGAAGAGGAAAAUAAAAGGAGCUUGGAAAUAAUGACCAAUGCAUUGAAAGAGGCUAUUAAAAAAGAGUUGUCAAAUAAAGGAUCCCAAGAGGCACUCCAAAUUCAGCCGGACAUACAACAACUAGGUGCGCGUGUCAGCACACAGGGAAGUAAUGCUGUUACCAAUGCGCAGGCUUCACAAGAACAUGAUGCUGAUGCCAUACCAUUGAUGGGACUGUUUGUGCAGCGUAACGAUGGUACACAAAGGUUGGUGGCCAUGGGGAAAAUAAUGGAGGGGGAUUCAAUCAUACACACAGUGGCAUAUGCAGAUGAUGUUGUCAGGGUAAGUGUAGAAACAGUUAUUGAUCCUGAGGCUGAGGUCCCCUAUGCCACCUCAGAAAUACAAUAUGUGAAGCAGGCCGUCAAUACAUUUGUAGCUUGGCCCACACACCUUGUGAAAGCUGUAUUAGAUGAGCAUCCACAACGUAUUCCACACAACGAGGAUGCACAUGUGCCGAAGCCGGCUAAUGUGAACGCAGAUGAUCCGUUGCGUGAAUUGAUGAAGUACAGUUUCGAUCUUUACGACAAGCCACUUCAAAUCAGCUUUGAUGGGAGAUUUCUUGGAAUUGUAGAUGCAUCUACAUCGAUAUUCAUCACAUAUUCAGAUGUUAUUGAAAUAAUAGCAGGAGACAAAAGUCUGAACAUAUCUGUCAUACAAUUAUGGUUAAUGUAUAUUCAUGAGUGGAGUCAGAUAUUCAGUCAAGGUUUCAUGUAUGCAUUCCUUGAGCCACAGUCGUUGGUUUGUUCAAAGGAUAGACGCAGCGAAUGCGAACAAUAUCUUGAAAGAUGGCUUAAGGAAUCUGACCGAGAGGUGUACAUUGGACCUUACUUCCAUCAGGAACAUUGGCAACUCAUAAUUUUGUGUCCUAGGCAACAUGUUGUUGUUUGGUUCUGUUCUUUGCGUAGGAAACCUGAUAUGCAUAUCAAAGCUACAAUUAAUAGUGUAAUGACAAAAUUGAAGAAGACCUUGUCUCCUGAAACUAAGGCAGUUGCACCAAAGUGGAUUGAAGUAAAGAGUCACGUUCAAACCGGCUGUUAUGAAUGUGGAUAUUACAUAAUGCAUUGGAUCUGGAACAUCAUAGCCAGCGACAUAAAGAGUGAUUGGUCCAUGUGGUUUGCUAAUGACACACCGUUGGACAUCGGCAUCAUCACCACAAUUCGAAAGAAAUGGGCAACAUUUUUUUUAAAGACAGCAAUAAGUCAAAACGGCUAAUGAUGGCGUUGGAGUAUUUUUUUCCCUGUAUUUGAGACAAUUGUUAUGUUAUUUGACACAGCGGCUAUUUUAUUUUCGGUCAUGCUACUAAUAUUCUAUUCUUAGUAUUACCUACUCAAUUUCAUAUAAUUGUAGUAAUAUAUUGUCUUUACCCCCUUCUACUGCAUUGCAUCUGCAUUUGAUUACCACAGCAACAAUUUAGUGCAGCUAUAGUACCACCAAGCUUGCCACUGCAGCAGUUAAGUGAACAAAUGAAGUGUCCACAGUCAUUGGAUGGUUGCUUGGUAGAGGUACAUGCUAAUAACUAAUAAGAUUUCCUGUGCAGGGUAUCAUUGUUUUUGCAUGACUGAUGGCUACCUUGGGGCUGGAGAUUUUGGUUGAAUCUGCCUCAAGUGUUAUUUUGAAGAUGAUAUUAUCAUUUGACCUUGCUUUUGCUUUGAUUCCGCUCCUAAAGUUCAGUAGCAGCAAAGUGACUAGCAGCACAAGCAUUGAAGAGAGAUUGCAGGGAUUCCAAGGGAAGGGGACCAGGGGAUGAAAAAUAUGAUUAAAGAGAGUUCUUGAGGAGUUUGUCACAUGCUCAGGGAAGUGGAAGAUUUUGCACGAAGGUUAAAUUCUGCUUGGCCUGAAAGGAUGCAAAUUUGAUCUUUGGCCCAACACAGAAGACUAGUAACAAUUUCUAUGAAUAGCAAUGGUUCAACGCAGUUGUAUAUAGGUAUGUUCUAUCUAUCUUCUCAAUAUUCGCGGUGAACCCUACUUGCUGCCUUGUUUUCUAUCAGAAGCAUCAUUAAAUUUUGUUGACAUGCACAUGACUGGAAUCAACUAGUUAUAAGUUACUUCAUCACUCUCAUGCAUUUCAUUCAUCACAUACAACACUCUCUCCAAAGUUCAAAUUAAGACUGAGGGGUGAGAAAGAGACAAUUAAUAUGGGUGCCGGUCUACUUGCAAUUGGUUCUUGUGCAAUUGGUCUAUGCAGUGAUGAACAUUACUUAAAUGCUUGCAAUAGAAUCUGGAAUGAGCCCUCUUGUCCUUGUUGCUUAUCGACAACUCUUUGCUACUGUGUCCAUUGCUCCCUUUGCUUAUUGGCUCGAGUGGUAAUUAUAUAUAUAUAUACCCUAUCUGGUUUUGUUUUAUUUUCAUAUAUAUAAACAAUGCAUGCAUGAAAGGCUUUGAUGAACUUUGAACCACCUAUAACAUUCUCACUGUGAGUGUCACCGUCGAUAUCCCUUUUCUUUUGGUUGAUGCAUGAUUGUGUUAUUUAUCCUUUAAAUGUAUUUAUAUAUGUUUGCUGUAUAUAAAUGUAGCUUUGUUUUUGAAAUUUGAAUGGUAUAACCCAAAUUUUGUGAGCAGGCAAAAUACUUCAACGACGGUCCUUAUGAAAACCCG